AUGUCGAUGCUCUCGAUAAAAUCCCCUGUGAAACUGGCAUGUCUGCCAUGCCGUGCCAUCAAGACCCGUUGUGAUGGACAGACUCCUUGUACUAAUUGCUACAACAAUCGCCGGGAGUGCCGCUAUCGCCCCAGUCGACGAGGCGGGGCGCGCAAAGGGGAUGCAUUCAAGGCAAGGAAGCGUGCCAUUGCUGCAACCGAUACACCAUCCCCAUCCUUGCCAUUGGGCCCAACACAAACCCAAAGUCUUCACUAUGCAAUCACCAGCAUCCAGGAUGUCAGAGAUUUAUCCGCCGGUGAUCUCGCAUCAGACGAAAACAGUAAUCCUGCUUUCGAGCUGGGGUCACUCGCAAUAAGAGCAUAUGGAUGUGAGGCAGAUCUGGUCAACGCCUACUAUGUUUUUAUCCACCCAUAUUUUCCGGUCUUGCCUCCACCGGCGGUUGCUCAAUAUGAGGACCGCCCAUUUGCGAUUUCGUUGCGAACUGUUCAAGCAAAUCAGGCAUUCUUGCCUUACUGGCCGACGUCUCCAUUUGCGUUGGCCUUGUCCGCGAUCCUCGUACUAUUUCCUCUACUAGAAGAUCCACAUUCCAUGUCUGAGGCUGCAGUCAGUACCCGCCAGUCAUACGCCGAACUCUAUGCACAUGCCGCAAUGAGCAGCAUUGAAAAUUGGAUUGACGUUCCCGAACCGGCAACUACAGCUGGCGGUCCGACCCGGUGGAGCUCGCUGCACCCCGAUCUCCCGUGGAAGCUGGAGUCCAUCUUGGCUCUUGUAUUGCUGGGCAUGUACGAGCUUUGCCAGCGGGGCAACUUCUCGAAGAUGCGCGCUCGAGCCAACCAGGCGCUGACAACCGCGGUGGAUCUAUCAUUACAUACUACAGACCCGGACGAACCGGGCUGUUCGGAUGCACAAAGUCGGGCCUGGUGGAUGACGAUGUUUCUCAGUUAUCAUUCUUCGAUCCUUAAUAAUUCGAGCCCUAUCAUCCUCAUUGACGACCCUCGGAUUAGCACACCGUACCCAGUAUUCCGUGGCUGUCUUGAGCCCUGGCCAUUAUUGGCAAAAGCACAAGAUACACUCCUUCGGACAUGCAACAUAGCAAAGGAGCUCGAGAAAGAGGCCAGUAAAUCUAGUCAAUCGCCCACCCUAAUUGAUCGUAUUCGCGAGCUUAACUCUCUGAUAUCAUCACUCGCUGCUGAUUCCGAUCGAUAUCGAUGUGUAACAAACCGGCAAGGAGCCGAAUGUUUCGCUCCUCGAAACCUCUGGGCAAUUACAAGUGCCAUAAUUCACAGGUGA